CACAUUGUUUGUUUGUUUGUUUGGAAUUCAUAUCGCCCGCCGGAAGGCAGGCGGGACUGGGGAGCUAUUUUUAAGACAAAGGACAUACUUGGCUGAUCACUCAUUAAGUGGGAUUUCAUUAGUAAGAUUUGGAUCAUCAACUUCGCAUUGUGAUGUAAUCAUACGUAGGCAGUGAGUAGAGAGACGUCGUCGUGGAGUAUAAAUCGUCACUCGUUCUCAAGAUUGAUGACAUUCGAUAGCUUGCUACAUGAUCAACAGCAACACUUAACAUCUACAGAUUUAGAUUUAUUGCUCUCACAUCUGGAUCCACGCUCAACUACAGAAAAUUAAGCUUCAGUUUCAAGCAAAGCAUCCACUGGACAAUCUAUUAGUCUUUUACAGCAAAGACAAUUUGCUGGCACAUUUGAUAAAUUCAAGUGAUAAGGCAUCUCCUUUCAUUCAAAGGGACGUAACAUCACACUGAAGAUAUUUAUUUUCAAAGGAAAGUUCAAGACAACACUAAAAACAGAAAAUGUCUCCACUCGUGGCUUUCAUCAAUAUUGUACUAACGGCGGUGGUGAUGAUGACGGUGAUGAUGACUGCAUCAUCUUUAUCAUCACCGUGCUCAUCGUGUCCAGCUAAGCAUCUUCAACAGCAAUACUGUGAUGCAGAGAUUGUAUUACGAGGACGAGUCAAAGAUGAUAUGACUGUGAAAGUGGUUAGUCUCUUCAAGUCACCAAGUUCUUUCAUCGCUACUAAGCGAGGGGGUCUGACAGUAGCCUUCGACAGACCGAGCUGUAGAGAGUCUCAUCUUAAACCAGGGGUCAUUUACCUCAUCAUGGGGAGUUCCCAUGGCAACGUUCUCCAUAUUGGAUCUUGUGAUGCUGUUAUGCCAUGGUCUAGCCUUACAUCUGUCCAGAGACAAGGUGUAGAAAAUGUUUAUGGACUUUUCUGUGAUAAAUGCAGGGUCAAUGAGACGCACUCCCUAAUCCGCCCUGAUAUGAACCCCUUCCUGGGAGGCAAUGAGGUUCAUAGCGACGCUGAAAACCUAUGGAGGACAGAAGACUGUUUCUACAACCCUCUAGCAUCUCGUCAGUACAUGGUAGAUGACUGUGAGACCUCGUACAGUGUCUGUGUGCCCAACAUGGACGGCACAGGCCGCUGCUCAUGGCUGCAGUCAGAGAAGUACGUCUUCUGCUCCAAGAAGCGCAAGAACAGCGCCUGCUUGCAGACGGGCGGAGCUUAUGCUUUUCUGGCAGGAUGGACCUGUCCAGAGAAUUGUAAAGGCAUCCAGGAGGACUGCCUACGUGAGAUGUGUUUGCAGGCUACCACCGGUGUUGUCUGCCCAAAGAGGAUACGAGAAAGGCCUAUCCCAUCUUUUCUUGGCAAUAAUUUUUAACCUUGGCUCAUUGUUUAGUAUUCAUUUUUUAAAUAAAAAACUUCUUCACUGCUGCAUUUAUACGUGAGAAACGGUGCAAUAUCAUUUUCGUAUUCUUUCAGAACGAGGGAGUUUAUUUAUUGGUAAUUUGCAAUAAUAACAAGUGAAAGACGAAAGAAUACGAUGAGAAUUAAUGACAUCAGACAAAAGCAACAGAGUAUAGAAAGGGUCCACUAGCAAAAUGUUAUGAUUACGUUGUUUAUUAUUGUAAUGUUGUUGUAAAGUACAUUUUUCUGAAGUGAUGUGUAUUUGGGUAUUAAUUGUAGUAUAAGUGUCAAGACUGAUAUUGGAAAACAAACAAGGGACCAAAAUAAAGAAAA